AGUGUGGAGGAGCGCAUGCGCGGGGCGUGCGUGUGCAGGCGGGCGGGCCGGGCGGCCACCACUCGCCUCCUCCACCCAGCACCGGCCGCACCUCCAGCACCGCAGGUCCCCGUGAAGCUCGCCACCAUGUAUGCUGCCAGGCUCUCCCUCGCUGCCUCCAGGACUGUUGCCGUCCGGAGUCAAGUUGUGGCCCGCCCAUUGGCUGUGGCCCCACUAACACGCAGCUUCCAGACGACCACCACGUCACAAGAUAUUGACUCUGCUGCAAAGUUUAUUGGUGCUGGUGCGGCCACAGUCGGAGCAGCUGGCUCUGGUGCUGGUAUUGGAUCAGUUUUUGGAUCCCUCAUCAUCGGCUAUGCUCGUAAUCCCUCUCUCAAACAGCAGCUGUUCUCUUAUGCCAUUCUGGGAUUUGCCUUGUCUGAGGCUAUGGGUCUCUUCUGUCUUAUGAUGGCCUUCUUACUGCUGUUUGCCUUCUAAAUAAUAAGUGGAGGAGGGACGCCCAACACGAUCGGGCAGUGGUAUUGCUGGAUCAGUGAUAAGAUGUGCAAACCAUAUCAAUGGGCUGAGACGAACAUCUUAUUUAUACCGGUGUGGAUGUCAUCUUAAAGCUGUCAGCUUUGCCUUUAGGUUUGGAAAGUGAAUGUAUAUAAGGACCAAGAUUUAAGCUUGUCUUGUUGGUACAGAUUUACUUGAGUAGGCAAUGUCAAAACUGUUCAGCUGUUGCCUGGCGAGUUACACAAGGAACCCCUAAUUGUGUACAAUUCCAAUGUAUAGAGAAUUUAUAAAUAAACAACAAACUUU